AUGAAAAUUACACAACUUUUGCAUAUUUUCUUGUGUGUUAUCACAUCAAUGGCUGACAUGGGCGUUGGGUCGAAGAAGGCGCGCUGCUUGAAUCCGCCGCGCACCGCCAGGCGCGUCGAGUCCGUCAUUCGGGACUGCCAGGAGGAGGUCAAGAACAAGCUGGUCAAUGAGGCAUACCAGAUACUCAAGGAGCAGGUGCAGCAGGAGCAGCCCACACUCCAUGCCGACGACGGCGUGGAGUUCAUUGAGUCGCUCCAGUGGCCACCCGUGCCCAGCGGAAUUAUGCUGCAGCAGGCGAACCACGAGGUGCCACCCAAUGUCAGUCAGUAUGAGUACAUUGUCUAUGAUAAGCCGGAGCCCAGGCGUCGCAUGGCUCGUCUGGUGCGCAGCCUCAAGCGUAUGGAUGUGGCCAGUGCGGGCAUCUAUCACCCGACGCUGGUGCCGCUGGAAGACAAGCGCAUUGCGGGCUGUCUGCUGCACUGCGUCUAUGCGAGGAACAACGCCAUUGACAAGAAUGGCUGGCCCACACUGGACGGCCUGGUCGGCUUUUAUUCGGAGGGUGUUCACGAGCACGGUUUCUUUAUGGCCACAUUACGUUCGGUUAAUCUCUGUCUGCGGGCCAUGACCACCAAAUACCAAGUAAAUCGCCGGCAGCUGCCGCAGAAAGGCGAAAGCUGUGAUUUGGCAUUUGAUGUGUUCGACUGCAUAUCGGAUCAGAUAACAGGCUAUUGCCUGGAUCAAUAUAGCAGAUAUUAA